AUGCUCGCGCGCCAUCGUCUGCUGCAUCCUGACCUCCUGGAGGAGGAGCGCGUGCUGGACUACGUCCUGACGGGCUCGUGGAGCAAGGCUGCUGUACAAGAAGCCAGACGUCUAGUGGGCAAGGCGCGUGUCAACAUCGCCCUCGACGCGCGCGAACACUCGGCGGACGGGAAGUCGUUCGACAACAUCCCACCCCACUCGGCGUACACGUUUUCGCAGGACCCGGCGAUGAUAUACUACUGCGAGAACGAGACCGUGAGCGGGACGCAGUUCGCGCACGAUGAGACGCUGCCUGAGAGCUUCCCGUUCGAGCUGCUGCCGAAGGACACCCUCCUUCCCCUCGUCGCGGACUACAGCUCGUCGUUCAUGAGCCGCCCGAUCCCGCGCCUUGCAGACCACGCGAUCAUCUACGCCGGGGCCCAGAAGAACUUGGGCCCCGCAGGCUUGACGAUCGUCAUUGUGCGCCAGGACUGCAUUGUCGACGUCGACGCCGCAGCCGCUCUCGGCGCCACACCCGUGCCCACAGGCCUUUCCUACAAGACGUUCGCAGAGGGGAAGAGCAUGCCUAACACCCCGCCUGUGUUUGCGGUAUACGUCACGGGCUUGGUGUUAAAGAGGAGUAAGGAGCUGGGCGGGACGCGAUAUUAUGAGGAGGUAAAUCGGAGGAAGAAAGAGAAGGUGUAUGAAAUUGUUGAGGAGGGGGAGAGGAAGGGGGUGUUAAAGGGGCACGUAAAGAAGGGGAGCGGGAGCUGGAUGAAUGUCGUUUUCGUGGUGCUUGGAGAGGGAGCGGAGGCGAAGUUCUUGAAAGGCGCGGAGCAGAGGGGGAUGAAGGGGCUUAAAGGGCAUCGCUCGGUAGGAGGCAUUCGCGUCUCCCUGUACAACGCGAUCACAGAGGAGCAGGUCGACAAGCUCGUCGCAUAUAUCCGCGAGUUCAUCCAGCAAGAGCCCGGUAUCCCUCCCACUCUGCCUUCAGAGACGCUCUGA